AUGGAUUUGAGCAGAAACAAUUUUCAUGGAGAAUUACCCGAAGGACUAUCUCACUUGGGCAGAUUGAAAGUCCUAAACUUGACCAUCAACAAUCUCAGUGGAAAGGUUCCCUCUUGGUUAAGUUCCUUCCAAAAUCUCCAAUACCUGUCGCAUGCAAACAAUUCAUUCACAGGUGUUAUCCCUCCUGCUAUCUGUAACGUAUCGACUUUGAAGUCAUUGUCGUUGUCAUUCAAUUCUCUGUCUGGAAAACUUCCAAUAGAGAUUGGGAAUCUGCAAAGCUUGAAGAAAUUAAGCAUUGAAUAUAAUUAUCUUUCAGGUUCAGUGCCAUCCAAGAUUUUCAAUAUCUCGUCAUUGGAAAUUAUUUCAUUUCUGAGUAAUAGUCUGUCUGGUAGCCUUCCGGCUGACAUGUGCUCCCCUCCUCGAAGAAUCAAGUGGCUUAACCUAUCGGAUAAUAAGUUAGGUGGUCAAAUACCAUCAACGUGGUUCCACUGUUCACAGCUUCAAAUGCUAUCCUUGUCUAUCAAUCAGUUUAUUGGAACCAUACCAAAUGAAAUUGGAAACUUGACAGCGCUGGAGGAGCUAUAUCUUGGCGUUAACAAUUUUAGAGCAACAAUACCAGAACAAUUCUGUAAUCUGCAUAGACUGAAACAACUCUGGAUAGAGGAAGCUAGCUUAACUGGAUCUAUACCAGCUCAACUCUUCAACAUAUCAACUCUACUAGUUGUUGUACUGAAUGACAAUAUUCUUUCCGGCAAUCUUCCAUUAAGCAACCGCCAAAGAUUACCAAACUUGGAAGUUCUGUCCGCUCGUGGCAACAAGCUGCAUGGAGUAAUACCGGCCUCCAUCUCAAAUGCCUCUAAUCUAUAUUACUUAAAUCUUGCUAGAAACAAAUUUAGUGGUCCGAUUGCUGACUCCCUAGGAGAUCUAAGAUUGCUUGAACAUUUGAAUCUGGGACAGAAUUAUUUUACUUGUGAACCUUCCAUAUUGGAAUUGAGCUUCAUCAGUUCCUUGACCAAGUGCAAAUAUCUUGAAUUCUUAGGCAUGAAUGACAACUCUUUCAAUGGCUCCAUACCUAAAUCUAUUGGGAAUCUAUCUCAUUCCAUAGAGAAAAUUUUUGCUUCUGAAUCUGAACUCAUGGGAAGCAUUCCAGAUUGGUUUGGAUAUUUGAGCAAUUUAUUACUUUUGAGUCUGUACGGAAAUCACUUGACUGGAUCAGUCCCAUACACAUUCAAAAGUUUGCAAAAGCUUCAAGCAUUAAAUCUAGAAAAUAACCUACUGAGUGGUCCUCCGCCACAUCAUUUUUGUGACAUGAGUAGCUUGUACAUAGUAACAAUGGGUCAAAAUCAGAUUUCAGGGGCCAUUCCUUCGUGCCUUGGUAAUGUUACUUCUUUGGGGUAUCUCCUUAUUGACCAAAACUUAUUGAACUCUAGCAUACCUGCUAACUUGUGGAACCUUAGUCAUCUUCUGAAACUAGAUUUGUCCUCAAAUUCUUUGAGUGGUUCACUUCCUGAAGAAAUGCAAAACUUGAAGGCAGCAACAAGUUUAAAUUUGUCAGCAAAUGACAUUUCAGGAAACAGUCCAAGCUCAAUUGCAGGUCUUCAGAAUUUACUUAACCUUUCCUUGGCACAAAAUAAAAUUGAAGGAUCAAUUCCCAACUCAGUUGGUAACAUGCUAAGCUUGCAAUACUUGGACUUAUCCCAUAAUGAUCUAUCCGGUGUGAUCCCAAAGUUCAUGGAAGCACUUUCUUAUCUCAGCUACAUCAACCUUUCUUUUAACAAUUUGAGCGGUGAAAUUCCAUCUGGUGGUCCCUUCAAGAACUUCACAAGUCAAUCAUUCAUGUCUAAUGCUGCACUCUGUGGUGCUCCAAGAUAUCGAAGGAAGAAUAAUGUUCCAACAGCAGUAAGUUGGAAGCCUCUGGGAAAAGCAGAAAGGUUCUCAUAUUAUGAACUUUUACGAGCAACAAAUGGCUACAAUGAGAGUAAUUUACCUGGCACAGGGAGUUUUGGAUCAGUCUAUAGAGGUACCCAAAUAGAUGGGACUCAGGUGGCAGUGAAAGUUUUCAAAUUGCAAUUAGAAGGAACACACGAUAGUUUUGUUUCAGAAUGUGAGACGACACCAGUGGUUCACUGUGAUAUCAAGCCUAGUAACAUCUUGCUCGAUGAAGGUAUGGUUGCUCAUGUCAGUGACUUUGGUCUUUCAAAACUUUUGAGUCAAGAAGACAGUAAUUUGCACACCAAGACCCUUGCAACUCUAGGUUAUAUUGCACCAGAAUAUGGAGCAGGAGGUUUGGUAUCAACAAGAAGUGAUGUAUAUAGUUUUGGAAUUGUUUUGAUCGAAACUUUUUCAAGAAUGAAGCCUAGUGAUCAAAUAUUUGUUGGCGAUCUAAGCCUAAAGAGUUGGAUAGAAGAUUCACUUCACACUAGGACAACACAGACUAUAGAUGCCAACCUACUCUCGCCAGAAGAUGAGUAUCUUUCAGAGAAGUUGGGGAGCAUUUAUCUGACCCUGGAAUUAGCUUUGAGCUGCUGCAACGAACGUCCAAGAGAUAGGACCAGCAUGAAUCAUGUUGUAGUGUCACUUGAGAAGAUCAAGCAUCAAUUAGUCAGUGUCUGCGGUGAAGAGUCUUAUAAACACCUCAAAGAGUUCACCGUUGUCUGUUCAAAUAUGAAACCACCUGGUGUUAUAGAGGAGCAGAUUAAGAUGUGGGCAUUCCCUUUAUCAUUAAAGGGAGUUGCUAAAGACUGGCUUUACUACUUGCCCUUUGGCACUAGAGAGGAUAUUCCAACUCGUUGUGUGAACGAGGUGAACAUUUUAUCACUGCAAGAGCAAUUGACUAAGUUAACAUCUAUGGUUCGGAAGAUGGCAGUAGGGAACGUGCAACAAUUCAAGGCAUGCAGAAUUUGCAAGGAUGCUAGCCAUCCUACUAAUGGAUGUUCGAUGCUACAGGAUGAUGAUGCUGAACAAGUAAACAUAACUGGCAACAUGCGUGUGCCACGCAGACAGUACGACUCUUAUUCCAACAUGUAUAAUCUAGCAGAAUACUUUGCAGUUCCAACAAAAGAUGGAUGUGAGUAUACGAAAUAUAGAAAAUCAGAUGAGUCAGAUCGCCUCUACAAUAAAUUGCCUGGAGUCUCAAGAGAAAGGAAGAUUUUCUUCUCUGACGGAGGUAAAUCUGAAGAACAUUAG